AUGGUAGAGCGAAUCGAAAACGAAACGGAUUGUAAUAUGCCACAAGGCUCCUGCUGGUCUACGGUGUACUCUGGCUUUUAUUUAUUUCUCGCCAGGCAUUCAGGUCGGAGACGCACAGCGGAAUCCGAAGAAGCAGUGAGGCGGCAAGGCGGCGGCGGCGGCGGGUCGUCACAAAGCCUGCACCGCGCCGCCACGUUCACCAUGUUCAAUUUCCUCCUGCUAGUCUCUGUAUGCCUUUCGUCAACCACACACGCGUGUUCGAGUAGGUCGAUGCCGAAACCUCGACCGUUGCAGCCGACGGAACGGCCGAACGUCACCUUCCACACCACCCCCUGUCCAACCGUAUACGCCAAAUGGUAUUGUCUCAACGAGGCUACGUGUUUCGCCAUCGCAAUCGGCGAAUCUGUGCUGUACAACUGCGAAUGUCCCGACGGUUUCAUGGGACAGAGAUGCGAGUUCAAAAACUUGGACGGCUCGUACACGACUGCCCGACGACAAGUGAUGCUCGAAUCGGCCAGCAUAGCAUCGGGGGUCAGCGUGGCGAUAGUGUUGGUGUUCUUAAUCUGCACCACGUUUUACGUCAGGUCCAAGAGACAGCGGAAACUCAAGUUGAACGCAGCCGACGUCUCAAUGGUAGACGGCAACUGGACGGACGCGGAAAAGCGGCCGUUCUCGUAUCGUCCGAAGCACACGAUCAUCACAAUUCCUCUAAAGACAGUAAUCACAGAACAGUCGACGCGAUCCUCGGGCGACGGCCGCCACCGCCCCGAAGACAGUUCGCGACAAGAACCUAUGAUCGUAUGA